CUACCCCCACUGGCCUCUGCUGCAAUGCAGCCGCAGGUGCUCCCUGUGCCCUGCACCCUGCCCGCCAGCUGGGAGCGGGCGGUGGGGCCCCUUGGAGAUGCCGUGGUGCUCACGGAGGACCAGGGGCACCCAGCGCCCACCGACGGGUGCCCCCAUCCCGCCACGGCUCCGCUGGGCUGCAGCACCGCAGCGCUGGACUCAGGGGGUGAGUUUGGGGGCUGCGGGGCGUGCGGCAGGCUGUCCGCACCGGGUGGCUGUGGGAAAGCUGGCAUUGCCCCACUGGGGAUGUCCUUGCUUUUCCAGCAGCCACAGCGAGCGCAGGCAUCGCAGAGGAUGCGGUCGACAGCGACAUCGACGAUCUGCUCACGUGGAUCAGUGACAUGACAUCCAGCGCAGACAUCCCGGUCGACAGCGCGGAGAUCGAUGAUAUCCUGACGUGGAUCAGCAACGACGGGACACCCAGCUCAGGCAUUCCAGAUGACAGCCUGGAACUCGACGGUUUGCUCAGCUGGAUCGUUGGUGAGUUCAGGGGCCGCAGCGGUGGCGGAUGGAUGUCCGCGCCGAGUGGCUGUGGGAAGGCUGCCGUCCUGGUUUUGGGGGAUGUUCUUUGUUUUGCAGAAGCGUCGAGUCCUCGGGAGGUCCCCCAGCAGGCGUUCCCAGCCGUCCCCAGCAGGCUCAGCACCUCUCCUUUCACCAGAGCCCUCCGUGACCGUCCCAGCGGCAGCAGGGAGCUCAGCGGAGAGGCGCAGGCUGACGCCGGGCCCCUCAGCGAGCCGUUCUCGGGGCAGCCAGCAUCCUCUGGGCAGCUCUCUGAGCCGCUGCCCCGCGGGCAUCUGAUGGAAGAGGCGCGGCAGAGGCAGCCCCGGGUGGUUCUCACCCGCCUGGCACUGCCGACCCCCCUGGCUGCCCCCGCACCUCUGUUGCCCCACAGUGCACAUCUGACCAAAGAGGUGCAGCGGAGGCAGCCCCGGGUGCUUCUCACCCGCCUGGCACUGCCACCCGGCUGCAUCUCCUGCCAUGUGCCCCACAACCACCGCGGGGACGUCUGCGAGGCGGCCGAGUGCCCAACGCCCGCCUGCACCACCAGGAAAGGCAAGAGCAGAGGGCACGAGCAGCGCACUGACUGCAUCCCAAGCAGAAAGAGGAAGGUGCCGCUGGGCCAGGACGCUCCAGGACAGAAACGCCGGCGCUAGGCGAAGCUGGGUGGGCUCAGCCUGAGCAGGAGCGUCCGCAGAAACCGGCCCAAGUGGUGCAGCAGGAGACACGGCCAUAGCCAACAAAGACGGCUCCCUGCAGCCCUGGGCUCCUCGCCGGCCCCCGCGGCGCACAGAGAGCAGCGGCAGUGCUCCAGGGGCACCAGCACCGGCCCCAGCCCUACCCCUCCAAACCUGGGCUGUCCACCAACACCACCUUCGACUGUUUUGAAUUAUGUUAAAUUACAUUAAAUUGCAUUAAAUUAUUAAAUGUUUUGUAUCCACUUUCCUUCACCUCCAUGUGCGUGCAUGUGCCUGCAUGUUCCUUUUGUUCCUGCAGCACCAAAGCACCACCAGACCCCAUUUUCCAACUGCAGGGCAGCACAAAGGGUUGUGUCCCAGGGCUGCCCCCUCCA